AUGGCGGGCCGCGGGUUCUCGGCCCGCUCGCUGCUCUUCGACCUGCCGCCCGCGCUGCUGGGCGAGCUGUGCGCCGUGAUGGACAGCUGCGACGGCGCGCUGGGCUGGCGUGGCCUGGCAGAGCGACUUUCAAACAGUUGGCUGGAUGUUCGUCAUAUUGAAAAAUACGUAGAGCAAGGUAAAAGUGGAACCAGAGAAUUACUGUGGUCUUGGGCACAGAAAAACAAGACCAUCGGUGACCUUUUACAGGUCCUCCAGGAGAUGGGACAUUGGCGAGCUGUCCAUUUAAUCAUGAACCACGGUGCAGGUUUGAGCCCUUCAGCUCAGAGUCGUCAGGGGCAUGGAUUUCCAAACAUGCCACCCAAGGAAACAACUGGUAUCACAGUGGAUAAUGUUCUUGUUCCUGAACAUGAUGAUAAAGGAGUACCACUUAAAUUUCCCAUCAGCUUUCAACGUAUCAUAGAAGCAACCAAAAACUUCCACAGAGACUUCCUAAUUGGAGAAGGGGAGAUCUUUCAAGUAUACAGAGUGGAUAUUCAAAACCAAACGUAUGCUGUUAAAUUAUUUAAACAGGAGAAAAAAAUUCAGCUUAAGAAACAGUGGAAGAGAUUUUUAUCAGAGCUUGAAGUUUUACUACUGUUUCAGCAUCCACACAUUCUAGAGUUGGCUGCAUAUUUUGCUGAGACUGAGAAAUUCUGUCUGGUUUAUCCAUAUAUGACAAAUGGAACACUUCUUGACAGAUUACAAUGUGCAGAUAACACACCUCCACUCUCCUGGAACAUUCGAAUCAGUGUAUUAAUAGGAGUAUCCAAAGCCAUUCAGUACUUGCACAAUACUCAACCAUGUUCAGUCAUCUGUGGCAAUGUCUCCAGUGCAAACAUUCUCUUGGAUGAUCAGUUUCAACCCAAGCUAACUGAUUUUGCCAUGGCACACUUCCGACCCCACCAAGAACACCAGAGUUCUACCAUAAGUAUAGCUGGCAACAGCAGGAAGUAUCUGUGGUACAUGCCCGAAGAAUAUAUCAGACAUGGAAAACUCUCCAUUAAAACAGAUGUCUACAGCUUUGGAAUUGUAAUCAUGGAAGUUCUGACAGGUUGUAAGGUGGUGUUAGAUGACCCCAAACAUGUUCAGCUGCGGGACCUCAUUAUGGAACUGAUGGAGAAGAGAGGCCUUAAUUCAUGUCUCUCAUUUCUAGACAAGAAAGUACAUCCCUGUCCCCAGAACUUCUCUGCUAAGCUCUUUUCUCUGGCAGGCCAGUGCGUGGCAACUCGGGCAAAGCUAAGACCUUCGAUGGAUGAAGUCCUGAAUGCUCUUGAAAGCACGCAGCCUAGCUUGUACUUUGUGGAAGAUCCUCCCACGUCACUGAAGUCCUUCAGGUGUCCUUCUCCUUUAUUCCUCAACAACAUUCCAAGUAUCCCAGUAGAAGAUGAUGAAAACCAGAAUAAUCAUUCUCCGCCUCAUGAGAAAGACUUGAGGAGAGACAGUAUGACUCAGAAAACCCCCUUUGAGUGCAGCCAGUCUGAGGUUACAUUUCUAGGCUUGGGCAGGAAGGCACGGGGUCACAGAAAUGAGGAUGCUUGCAACACGCCCAGUUCUUCUUGUGAAGAAAGUUGGUCCCCAACACAGGCUGUGCCAUCUCAGGACUUAAGGGCCACUGUGAUCAGUUUGGACAGCUUUUUGGAAGCCCCAGGCCAAUCAUACGGGAGGAGAGCAGCAGAAGCAGGGUAUUCCUCUGGAUUAUCCUGUAAUGACUAUGAGCAAUCCAAAAAGGAAUAAAUUUCAACAGAAGGUAAAAUAAAAAAAAAUGUUGCUGAGACAGCUGAUAAAGGGUGUCAUCCAUGGGAAGACACACUGUCACCAUUGGUAUCAAGGGCAUGAAACAUGGAGAAUUUGGGUAAUGCAGACAAGGAGUCUACCUGAUUCCAUCCCUUCCUUUCCAAACUCCCAAACAGAAUGGCUUAAAAGAAGUAUCAUAUCAGGGUGAUUGCCUCCAUUGCUUAAGAUCUGGGAUUC